CCCAGAUCUCGUCCAUUGCCUUCCAUUCUCCUGCGACAAGCCGCGCCUGUUUUGGCUAAUUUCGUCAUCGUCCUUUCACCCUCCAUUCUCUCUGCCAAGCGACCACUCCCUACCACCCGUAUAUUCCUACACUACGCGCACCCUGAGCCUCGCGCGCCCUCCGCCGUUUACCGCCCUCUCGACUUCCCUCGUCCCAAUUGCUCCUGUCCGUGCCCGGGGUCUCGACAUCCAUCUUACCCAUCGACGCGAGGUGCCUGUUGCUGUCGCGCACCCACUCGGACGGCCACCCAGGCAUUCUGCGCCUCUUGCGCCUGUAAAUCAGCCGGCACCAUGGACUCCAACCAAGGCGGUGGAGGCGGCUCCAACAACUCGAGCGACUUUGUGCGCAAGCUGUACAAGAUGCUCGAGAACCCCAGCGACGAAAGUGUAGUGCGGUGGGGCAAUGACGGUGACAGUUUUGUCGUCUUGGAAAACGAAAAGUUUACCAAACACAUACUACCCAAACACUUCAAGCACAGCAACUUUGCCAGUUUUGUGCGCCAACUGAAUAAAUAUGAUUUCCACAAAGUCCGCCACAACAAUGAAGAAAAUGGGCAGUCGCCCUAUGGACCUGGGGCCUGGGAAUUCAAGCACCCCGAUUUCAAGAUGAACAACAAAGAUGCACUCGACAACAUUCGCCGAAAGGCUCCCGCGCCACGAAAACCAAACCAAGCAGCCGCUGAAGAUUUUGCGCCCUCGCAGCAAAUGGACAUGGUCAGCGGCCAAUUAAUGGCGACUCAGGCCCAAUUACACCAGCUCGAGGGGCGAUACAACGAGCUGAACAUCCAUCAUUCUAUGCUUUUGCAAGAGGUCAUUGGUUUACAAAAGACGGUUGUUAACCACGAGCAUGUCAUGCAGCAAAUCAUGACUUUCUUGCACGGGGUGGAUGCGACACAGCGGAGAAACAGCAAGCUCGUCUUCAAUGGCAGUGAAGCCCAGAAUGGCAACAUGGACCCCCCAUCGAACAAUGACGACGACAACCCGGCUUCGCCUUUGCAACAUGCCUCCAAGCUUCUCAGUGAAACCAACGCCGAUGCCAUGCUGAACCCCCGCAAUCUGGAGCACAUGAAUGAGAUUACCAUGAGGAUGAACGGCACCUUGACAACACCACCGCCAGACUUUGCUCGGGCGCAAAUGCGGCCCACAAGCCGUGGCCCACCAUCAGCGACUUCGACAAACUCGAUGCGCCUGGACAACUUGGACAACCUUGUAUAUCCAGUCGGAUCCUCCAAUGGUAUUGAUCCCAUGUACAGUGAGCACAUCAACAACAUUCCCUACGCUGCUCCACCAAAAGCCGUGGACCAAAACGAGCCCAAGGUACCCGAGGGAAAGAAGAAGAGUGCUUUCCCUGACCCAGGGUGGAUUAGGCCGCCACAAAUCUUGCUUGUCGAGGAUGAUCCCACGUGUCGUCGUAUUGGAAGCAAGUUUUUGUAUGCUUUCCACUGCUCUAUCGAUAGUGCUCUCGACGGUCUCGAAGCUGUCAACAAGAUGAAUGCUGGCUCCAAAUACGACUUGGUCUUGAUGGACAUCAUCAUGCCAAAUCUCGACGGUGUCUCGGCGUGUCAUCUAAUCCGGCAAUUUGACACCACACCUAUUGUCGCCAUGACAUCGAACAUUCGUAGCGAUGACAUUUCCAUGUACUUCCAGCAUGGUAUGAAUGACGUUCUGCCCAAGCCAUUUACCAAGGAAGGACUAUUGCAUAUGCUAGAAAAACAUCUUGUCCAUUUGAAAAAACCAUCAGCCCAAAGUGACGGAUCCAUGGUGGCACCGCAACCUGUACCGAUAGCACGGCAGUUGGUGCUCAAGGAAGAAGAAUCGCCAGGCAAAUCACCACAAGCCGUCAGCAACUGGAACUCGCCCAAUCAAAUCACGGGUGUAUCUCCGGUCGGCACUUCAGUUCCAGAAGACUUUGCGCAGGCCAUGCGAGGGCAACCAGUGCAACACCCGAAUUCAUACGGAGUCAAUCCCAUGCAAGGGAACAUGGGGUAUAAUGCUUCAUCACAUAUGCAAAUGCAAUCACAGCAGCAACAACAACAGCAACAACAACAACAGCAGCAGCAGCAGCAGCAGCAACAACAACAGCAACAACAACAACAACAACAACAGCAGCAGCAGCAGCAGCAACAACAACAACAACAAGCACAAUUACAAGGUCAUCGCAGACAGGUCUCUGAGAUUUCCGGUGGGGACGAUAUGAACAACCCAGCGAAACGUCAACAAAUGUAUCCUCCUCAGAUGCAACAGCAAAUGGGGGCAAUGCAGCCGCGCCCUCAUUGAUUGGCGGCGUGUUACAUGAGCCUGAAGCGAAAUCAAGAUUAUAAGAAACAUAGAGGAGAGAAACUGGACACUGGCUUUUAUGCCAGCAGGCAUUAGCGACGGAGUUUUGAUACAGAACAACGGUGUUCUGUGCGACUCGUAACCGAGAUCCCAUGGUCGCAAGGCCAUUUGUCGUGGCUGGCCCUUUGACGCUUUGUAGUAAAACGCAAGGAUGCAACGGUUCAAAAGCUAUGUUGUGGAGGGAGGGCAUCAAGGACUGUAGGUUCUGGGCGUUUAAGGUUAUAAAGUGACUUGUCGUUAAGUGACUUGGGAGCUGGGCUGGACAUUUGCUAGGAAAUACCCUACUUGCUAGAGAAACAAUUUGAUAUGUUAUUUUGCUCCAAGAUAACGGAGUUAUAAGAGAG